AUUUCAGCUCCUCAAUGCUCCCCCUCACAGGCUGAAAGAUAGCAGAGUUGGUCAGUUCAGUGGUUGUAGCAUCUCCCAGCUCGAGAAUCUCUGGGCCUCACCUUAUGUCCGAGGAAUAUCCGCAAUAGCAUAUUUCCGGAAUUGCACGCGAAGCGUUAUCAGCUUUUAUCACCAUCGCGUUAGUCUUCUUGAUGUGCGGUGUGUCAUCUGCAGAGCGGUCGUGUAUGAAGGUUCGCUCAUGGUUCAAAAGUCGUCAGCCGCCAUGCUUGCAGCACGAGGUGCGGAACCUCAGUCUUGUAAGCAGUCGUUAGUUCGGGUAGGAGUAAAAGGCAUGUUGCGAGGCACGUUAUCCGACCGUAGGAUGAAAGGCAGAAGGCCAGCUGGAGGAGUGAAGCAAAACGAGAAGCAGGAUGGCAAGAAGAAGUCGAAGGCUGCACUCUCGCAUGCGAUGGCCCACAAGCCAGUAGAAACCAAGAAGUUGGCGUCAGCGCUGGCAGCGCAUCUGCAGAGCCUGUACAAGGGAGAGGGAGUGCUGGUGGUAGAGGACGACAAGCGCAUCAUCUUCUACUGCACCCUUUGCGAGGUGUGGGCCUACCACGAUGCGAGCCUGGUCGACCAUUUACACGGAAAGAAACACAAGCGAAAACAGGGAGAAGCCACGCCGCUCACUUCACCGCCAUCCAGCGUCACCGGAAGUCCGCCGUGGGAGAAAACCUCCAAGUUGACGCCACCGUGGAAGCUCGUUGGGGAAGGAAAAGGCUCCGCCGUGUCUUCGUCCUCCAAGCGUAAAGCUGCUCAUCCGACCGAUGCAUCUAAGACUUCUAGUGGAGGCUCCAAGCGCCAGAGAAUAGCCAAUGAGCAAGCUGCUUCAAGUAUACCUGGCAGUGUGGCGGAUGCACUCGCCAUUGUUCCAGCAGCAGAGGAGGAACCGGAGGAACCAAGCCGGCCGGAGGACUUCGCUCUAGCGCUGUUCAAGUUCACGAAUUUGAUUGGCCGCCGAGGGAAGUGGGAGAAGCAGCUGUUGAAAUGCUCCGACUCUGGACCUGGCGACAAGCACGACCAGGGGGAGGAGCUGCCGCUGCUUGCGGAUAUCCCCACGGAGCGUGCAGAUGAGCCCAAGAAGCAAGUGCAAGGAGCCAGUAGCAAGGAUAAUAUUCCCCGAGAUGGUGUCGAAGGUGACAAGGAGAAGGAGCCGGAAGGAAUGGUUCCUGAGCUAGGUUGCACAGAGAAGCCAGCCGAGCUGAACGCGGGUAUGGACGUAGAGUGUGGUGCUUGCGAUGGCAACGACUCCACGGCAGUGCCUGGGCCGGGUGAGGCGGCCUCAGGAAGAGCUGAAGACGACGCGGCGGGCAAUGCGCCUGCAGCUCCAGUGCCAGAAAGAGCGGCGGAAGCAGACGCCUCUGAAGAUGUCAGCCCCCCGGCUGCAGUUUCGGCUGCAGUACCGGCCAAGAGACGGAAAGGAGUAUCGGGGGCGGGUACAGGAGCGAGGGUGUGUUUCCUGUGUCAGCUGCCCAUGGUGGAGGGGCAGGUGGUUGGCGCUCUGUGGAAUGCUCGGUUGAAACGAUUCGCGUGCAGCAGCAGAAACCGGCACAAGAAGUUCCACAUAUUCCACUCUCACUGCAUAGCGGACUGGGUGGUCUUUUGCUCCGCCAUCGCCAACACACGCGUGCCGCCCGCCCUCUGCUGCCCGCUCGAGGCUGACGUGGCGCACCUCCUCACCUCCAUGCACCACCACCACAAAGCGCAUGCCGCAUCCCUGGGGCCGAGCCGUCUCACCAGUGCCGCCACCGCAGAUGCUGCUGCUGCUGGCAAAGUCACAGGAGCUGCUGCUGCAGCCGGCGGUAAUGCUCCUGUCUCUGCUAGUGCUGCUGUUGGGACCACAGGGAAUGGCAUGCAAGGCGAAGCUCCUGCAGCCAGUGGGGCUGGGAUGAACGGUGCGGAUGCUGAUGCCAGCAGCGCCAGUAGUGAGGAGCUUCAUUCCGAUGCGUGGGCGUGGGCUGGCAUUCCAGACGCCCUCCACUCAUCUGCCACCGCUGCUGCUGUUGCAAGUUCCGCCUUGGCUGCUGCCGCUGCCACAGGCCCAGUUUCCAGUGAAGAUGCGGCGGUCGUGGCCAUCGUUGCUACAGCUGCCGCCUCUGCUGCUGCGUCCCUCACGGCUCCACCUCGUCCUUCGGUCAAUGCGGCUGCGGCAUUGCACACACAUGGGACGCGGACCUCGCCUGACGCCGUGUCACUGGAGCCAAGCAAGGAGAAGAGCAGCGCGCCUGCAGCAGCGCCUGGAGCAGCUGCAGCUGUCAACAAGGCUGUGUCGGACAAUAGGGCGGAGUCGGAUUCAGUGGUGCCGGCAGGACCUGCAGCUCCAGCAGCUGCGGCUGAGGGCGCAGAGGCACUGGAGGGGGCGAAGCUGUUGCCGCUGACUGAGGUGUUCUGCCCCGAGUGCCAGGGCACAGGGCGGUAUGGACCCCAGGACUCCCUGGAGCAUCCCCGCUACCGCCUUGCGCAGGUGUUUGACUGGAUUGUGGCCAUGAUGAUUGCACAGAAGGCAGGCAUGGCGCGAGGGGGCGAGGAGGAGGGUGACGGGGCAGGAGGCAAAGCAGAUGUAAGCAUGAAGGCGGGAUCCCCUGAGGGGGAUGAGGGGGCGCCUGACAUCAGGGAGGGUGUGGAAGGGUCAGCUGGCAGGAAGGCCGAGAUGGCUUUGGGUGCUGAGGGGAAGGCGACAGCAGCCGAGGUUGCCCAUCCUUCUCCUCCAACUUCUCACACUUGUGCAGCUCAUUGUACAGUAGGCAAUGGUGAAAUCUCUAUUGGGAAGGAAGCAGGCAUGCAGGACAUGGGUGCAGGCAGCAGUAGAUGUGCUGGGGCUGACGGUGUGAAGGUUGAUGGUCUUGUGGAGAGUGCAGCAGUGAAGAGCUCAGAUGAAGGUGCAGCAGCUGGAGUAGCGGCAGCCCGUCUGCAUUUUGCGGACCACACUGUACAGAAGGCAGCAGACGUGGCAUUCCGCGGCCUCAGGGUGCUCUCAGCUGAGUUCCUGUCGGCACACAUGGGCAAGGGAAAACACUUGGGCACGCCCACUGGCUCAAACAAGCAUGCGUAGUGCUGGGGUGAGGACGAUUUUAUGGGUUCUAUAGGUGUCUUGGAAGGUGGGUGAGGCAUGGGGAGAAGGGACCGGACAGGAUGUGUACAUUGCUGUGCAUACCUGGUUUCAGAGGAUAGUUAUGGGACACUCCAGCUUGCUUGCAGGUGUUUAGCCUGCAGUAUUUGUGCAAUGAGCAGGUUGCCUGGUCCAAGGAUUCCCAGGAUUUGGCACUUCCAACAGGUAUCUAUAUUUUUGCUCCUACUGUAUAUUACUAAUCUACGAUACCGCAUGUGUUCUACAUUUGGCUGCAUAUGAAGCUGAUAUGAAUUCAUAUUUCUACCAACCAAGUUUUGC